UUUAGUUUCACUUAGUAAUUAAGCGUACAAAAGUUCGUGCAGUAAUAGAAGUAAAAUAGUUUUUCUACUUUAACUAAACUAUUCAUGGAUAUAGUCGGCAGAAAAUGCUUUGAAAGGUUGAUGCAAGGAUGAAAAUUCUGACCCUUUGUGGUAUUGUCUCACUUAUUUCAGCAUCAGGUGCUUUUAAUCUGGAGAUAUUUCCAAGCCCACUGACAGUAUUUGUAAAUGAAGAUGUUAGUCUGAAAUGCAAAGUUACUGACUUUGCAGGUGCAGAGAUUGACUUAGACAAGCUAGGAGUCAAAUGGACUCGUAACAAAGAAACAGCUGUAUUUUCUUACGAGACAGGAAAUCAAGUUCAAAAUCGACCUGGUGCGUACAUUUCUGAGCCCGAUUUAAAGAGGGGAAAUGCUUCUCUUCGUCUUCCAAAAGUACAGAUUGCUGAUGAAGGAAGGUACACUUGCACUGUGUUCAUCGUUCCUGAAAGUGCAGAACAGACUUCAAUCAUGAAAGUGUUGGCUCGACCAAACAUUAGCAUAUCUUCACACUCAAUAACAAUUCUGAAUGGUUCGGAAGGCUCUCUGACAUGUAACGUUAAUGGAUUUUACCCUCAGCAGCUGGAAAUCAGCUGGGUGAAAAUGACAAAACUGGGAAGUGAAGUUGUUUCAUCAGACUGUUAUACAAAUCAGGUUGUCGCUAAUAGUGAUAACACUUUUAGUGUUCACAGUCAACUGAAGAUUCAACCAACAUUCAACAAUAAUGGUGACAAGUACAGAUGUGUAGUGAGACAUCUAACAUUUCCGGAUUAUUUUACAAUAGAAUCAACUCUUACUGUGCCAGAACCCAGGAAUCAUUACGUUAUUGUUGCAAGUAUUAUUUGUAUUUUGGCAGUAGUAUCGGCAUCAUUUAUAAGAUACGUAGUUAAAUUAAGAGGUGAUUCAUCAGUCAAGUAAAAUUAACUUCUGCUUUGAAGGAGAAUGCCUCAGUUCUAAUUCAAAGACAAAUCCUUAUCCAAACAAUUAGUCAUUGCUUUUGAAAUGAUAUAUAACUUUAGAGUCUUCUUGAUUGGGAAUGAAUCGUAUUUAUCACAUUAAUCAAGAAAACUAUCUUAAGUUUAAGAAGAGCAAGAGAAGAUGUCGCUAGUACAAAUUUUUGGGAUUUUCUUUAUUUCCUGAAGGAGAUCAAGGAUUGAUUGGCAUAUUUUGGCACUCCCUCUUGCUAAAUAUGAUAAUAAAAUAUUUUGAAACUUUAUAUCUCUGAUUUGAUAUAACACAGGGACUAUUUAUCCCCUUUCCCAGCAUAGAGCAAUGGUCCCCAACUUCCGGGCCGUGGACCAAUACAUUGCUGUGAAGAA